AUGUCUUCAAAUUCGUCUUCAAAUCCAACAUUUACAAAUCGACUUCGACGUGAAUGUCUCGAUCUUCAACAAAAUCCAGUACCAUUUACUUGUGCUGGUCCAACAGCUGAUAGUCUUAAACAAUGGCUUGUUGUUUUCGAAGGUGCUCCUGGUUCUCUUUAUGAAGAUGGCACUUUUUUUGCUUUACUUACGUUUGAUGAUGAUUAUCCAUUUACACCACCUACACUUGAAUUUAAAACACGAAUUUAUCAUUGUAAUAUCUAUCAAAGUACAGGAUUAGUUAAACAUGAUAUAUUCGAUAAAAAUUGGUCACCAACUGUAACUAUUCGACAAAUUAUUCAGAAAGUAGCAAAUUUACUUGUUCAAUGUGAACCUGAUCAUUGUGCAAUGAAAGAGCUCGGUUUACAAUAUAAACAUGAGCGUAGUGAUUAUGAACGAAUGGCUCGUUUAUGGACAAUAAAUUUUGCUCGAUAA